CAUCCUUUCACCAACCUACAUGCUCACUUCCCAUCUCACCCCACUCAAUAAAACCCCAAUCCCCUUGCACUCUUCACCACAACCACCACCUCUCAAAAACUCCCUCUUAUUUUCACUUAAAACACUCUCCUCACUCCAGACUCCCUACCAAACCAAAACUUCACCAAAAAUGUCAAACCACCUUCUCCUCACUCUCCUCCUCAUCUCCCUCCUCCACACCACCACAUCAUUAUCUCAAUCCCCAGCCCCCUCCCCGGCCCCUUCCGGCCCCCCAAACGUCAUCGCCAUCCUCAAAAAAGCCGGUCACUUCACCAAAUUCAUCCGACUCCUAAAACGAACCCAAAUGGACGGUCGGAUCUUCUCUCUCCUCAACAGCUCAAACCACCAACUCACCAUCUUCGCGCCCACCGAUCAAGCAUUUGCUGACCUCCCUUCAGACACAAUAAAGUCGUUAACUUACCAACAAAGGAUCCAACUUGUUCAGUUCCACGUCCUCAAUUCUUUGCUUUCCUACUCCGAGUUUCAAACUGUCAGCAAUCCACUGAGCACUCAGGCGGGCGAUAACAGCGGUUAUCACUUCCCUCUCAACGUGACCAUGACGGAGAAUCAGGUCAACAUCACCACCGGUAUGGUCAACGCCUCGGUGUCCGGGACCGUGUACAGUGAUGACCAGCUGGCGGUGUACGAGGUGGACCAUGUUUUGCUUCCUUUGAGGUUUUAUGUGUCGCCGCCACCGGCUCCGGCGCCACCAGUGAAGACGGUGGAGGCUCCGGCACCGGAGGUGUCUACUGAUAUUAAAGCUUCUGGUGGAGUGAGGGUGAUUGGAUAUGGAGUUAGUGGAAGAAUGUGGUUUGUUGUGGGUUGUGUUGUUGGAGUGUUUUGUUUUUGUGUUUGAUGUUUGGGAUGAGAUGAGAGCGUUUGUGUUGUUGGUCACGUAUAUGAUUUGGGUUUUGUGUAACCAAUGGUGUUGUGUUUUCAUUUAAAUGAUUAAUUGAUUUUCUUGAAUUUGAAUAAA